GGUGGAAUCUUGCAAGAAAGUUUACGAUCAUGAAGGAUUUAACAAUAAUAAUGAUUUUGAAUGUGAUAUUUCACCUCGUGAUGUUGGACACAACAUUUAUAUCUUGGCUCAUCAAGUAUGUAUACCAUACCUAUUCAGUACGAAGUGAUUAGAAUGUAUCAUGUGAAAAACCUAAAGUACAUAUACAACAUUAUAGCAAUUGUAGGACUUGAAGUACUAUUUAAAAAACGAGCAGGAGUGUUUUAUUAGGUUUAAAGCCACGAGCGCGCAGCGCGAGUGGCUUUAGACCUAAUAAAACACGACCCGCGAGUUUUUUAAAUGACUUCAAAAACGUAUGCAUAAUAAGUCAAAUCUUUAUAUAAAAAUCUUUAUAUAAAAAUCUUUAUAUAAAAAUCUUAAUAUAAAAAUCUUUAUAUAAAAAUCUUUAUAUAAAAAUCUUUAUAUAAAAAUCUUUAUAUAAAAAUCUUUAUAUAGUUUGCAUAACAAUGGUCUUUUGUUAAAGUGUUCUUUAGCUGGUAUAAAGACGUAUGCACAUGACUAAUUUCUUACUCAAGAUUGGGUAAUUGCUUCAUGAAUUAUUAAUGAGUUUUUGAAUAAAAUCUAAAGCGGAUCAGAAAUAUUUUAACCAAGGAUUUGAACCUAUACAAAAGAGUUGAAUAAAAUGAAACGUUCACAUUUUUCGAAACAAAGAGAAGUUCAACCUCGUUCCCAGGCUCUCCCUCCUCUUCACUCCUACCAGGGAGAGCCUGGGGACGGGGUUGAGAGAACUUCUUUUUUUGUUCUUUUUUAUUCCUGCGACUCCGGUGCAGCGCUCUAACCAACUCAGCUACAGAAUCCAUUUGUCGAGCUAUAACCACAAGUUCAUGUAUAUAUCAGGGUUCGAACACGAGCAAAACGUGAAAGUCCUUGAAUGUCCUUGAAUUUGAAAACAAAAAUUCAAGGCCUUGAAUGUCCUAGAAUUUGUAAAGAAGUGCUUGAAAGUCCUUGAAUUCUUCUUGCUUUAGUUUUUGGAUAUUUUCUAAAAUUAUUUGACAUUCAAAAACGGACAUUUUGUUGAGUUGAAUUGAUUUUGCAUGAUCAAUGAUCAUAUAUCUGACAAAGCUGUUUGAAAUUCACUAACGUUGCGUUUUGGACAAUUCAACGUGUCAUUGUACUGAUUUCUAACGCCUUUUCAGUGUUUAGUGCUUGAAUUUGCUGAUACAUGGUCUUGAAUGUCCUUGAAAAGUCCUUGAAUUUGACUCUCUCUGACAUGUACGAACCCUGAUAUAUACUAAGGUGAUGCGAAUGCAAGGUGUAUGGGCAAAUAUCGGGAUUUGGGACAUCUUGCUCGAUAGAACUGAAUGUUUGAUUCCUACCAGAAGGCCUAUAAUUGCAUUAAAUAUUUUUUCGCAGUUGCUCCUUCAACCCUUAGAAACCCUUCAACACUUAGUUCUAUCAAGUGAGAUGCCCCAAAUCCUGAUAUUUCCAGAUAUAUCCAUCUAGUUCUUGGAUCAAGGUGCAGUAAGGGACAGACCAUUAGAAAAGUGAUGGGGAGGGUGGGGAAAAAACAGAAAAAAAAUCCAUGCAAACAAAAAAGGUUUGAAAAAAAAUACAUGCAAACAGACUUGUUUAAAAAAAAAAUUACAAACAGAACAACAAUAGAACUUUAAUUUUAAAUGUACAUCAGACAAAAUUGAACUAAAUCUUUGGAAUAUUACGAAAUAUAAAUAUGUAAUAUAUUAAUAUGCAAUUUCUUUCAAUAUUAACAGUAAUUCUUAUAUAGUUUUAUUAUAUACUACCAAAAUAUUUUCUAUUGUCUUUAAUAAUCCUCAUUCAUACUGCCACUGUCCUCGAUCAGUGGUACGAACUUUAUAAUGUUGUUUUUUUACCUCCUUUAGCUUUCUCGUCACAAUAAAGAAUUAGCAGGUCUGCUGAGGCCUCCAUCCCCUCCUGAAGGGGAUGAGGAGCCCGUUGGCGCUCUGGAUUAUUACUCGCGACACACAGCACAGAUUGAGGUAUAAUCAUUACCCAAUAGAAACAUUUACUAUGGCAUAACUGAGCUCCAUAUAUACUCUAAUUGAAAUUCUGCUGUCCAGUGUGCAUUUUUGCUUAAUAUCAUUAUUUUACUUUGUUUGAAAUAUUUAUAAGUUACUUAAUGUUUGUAAAUAUAUAACAAAAUCAAAUUUCCUCUGUCAAAUUGUCUGAUAAUUGCCUCUUUAAUUGUUUACAUAUUAUACCGCAGUUGCGGCGUAAUUUACUUCAAAUAAAGCGUACAUUCCUAGGCAAAACGUUUCAUAAGAAUAUAGAAGACGCACGUCCAGGUUGUAUAUAUAAUGAUUCACAACGUUUUCUGACUAUGCAGAUACUUUUAUUACCUUCCACUUAAGCCGGUUUUCCACUAGCGAAUUUUCUCGCGACCUUUUUCCUUUGUCGGUAUCACUUAUUACGUCAGCAAGACGUGGCAAAAUGGAUGCCGACAAAGGAAAAAGGUUGCUUCGCGCGAAAAAAUUCGCUAGUGGAAAACCGGCUUUACUGAAGUACGCGAAAGGUGAUAAACAGUUACAUGCAGCCCACAAAAUCCUCUGCUCGCAGUGUACUGUUCAAGGCUAUACAUAUAAUUACAUACACAGACCGUAGACGGCUGUAGUAUUACAUACAUGCAUUGAUGGUCUGAUAGCUGAAAGCUCGUAAAUAAAAAUAUCUGCUCAGAGAACGUAGUUAUUCAAAACCCUUCAUUUAACGGGUCAACUUUGUAAAGAUAGUGAAUAUAUUUGAUAAUACAUGAACAUUGCGUUGAUAUAUUUCAUUUAUUUAUUCACUUUUUAUUUGAUCGAAAUAUCCAAUUUCAGAUUGUUCGCUCUGAUAGAAUGAUUGAACAAAUUGUGUACCCAGUUCCACAGAUCUGUGAAUACUUGACUGAGCGCAGUAAACAUCAUGUGUUUAAGACGACUGAACGUGAUGAACACGGUAGCAAGGUAAAAUUGCUUUUUGUGAUAUCAUUACUGUAAUAUUCAUGCUUAGAACAUGAUCACAUCCACUCGGCCAAUCACAACACAGUAUUUCAGCGGUCUAUAUCCGAUAGUAUAUUAAUUCGUCAAGUGGUGUGGGCUUUGAAGCGCAGGGAAAUUGUGGGGUAAAAGAGGUGUAUAUAAAAAAACUGAACCCUUUCUAAUUCAAAUUAGCUAUAACGUAUUGUACAGGGUGUAUGAAAAAAAACGCAACCUCGGAAUUUCCCAAGAAAUCGACAUUGUUUUCAGGACAAAAGAUUUUAGGUGCCUGAGAAUUUAAAAUAGCACAAUUGUCAAAAUUACUGCAUACGCGAGUGCAUAAAUAAGUUAAAUAAAAAGUUUAUGCAUUUAUUUAAUGACACUUAAUAAGUUUUUAUUUUACAAGUACAAUACAACAACAGUAAUAUGAUCUUCAUAUGGGGUGAGGUAUUAAUUGGGACGUAAGUCCUGUUCCACAUUCCAGUCACGUGUGUUGUCUUGUUGCUUGUUAUGUAUAUUAUUUAUCAGUGUUAUUGUAAAUCAUAAUUAAUCAUACGCGAGUAGCGUGUGGUCGCCUUACACCAUUAAGCAUCGUUUGCUCAUUGAGAAUGUUCAACGGCGGGCCACAAAAUUAAUCUUAAUUAUCCUGACAACAUGUCGUACGUGGACCGGUUGCAGAAAACAAAUUUUCUACCACUGGAGGCUGCUCCAUUUACUAUUCGGAGUACUCCGGAUUUUCGGAACACUGAUUAAAUCGAACCAAUAGUGGUCACAUGACUGUUCUGACUGCCCCUACUUUUGAGUAGGGGCAGUCAGAACAGUCAUGUGACCGUUUCCGGUUCUAUUCAAUUAGUGUUCCGAAAAUCCGGAGUACUCCGAACAGUAGUAAAUGGAACAGCCUCAAGGACUUCCGAAGAGGCAACUAUAACGAAAAUAACUUCCACCUCAUUAUAAAACAUAAUCAGGAAUACUUUCAAAACUCUUACUUUAUCAGAUCAGCAAAACUAGCUUUGGAACAGCCUACCAACCGAAAUUAAGAAAUCCAGUAGUUUAUGUUCGUUUAAAACUCGUUUAAAUAACUUAUACAGGGUGAGUAAAAAAAAAACUGACACCUUUGUUUGAAUAUCAAAGGUAUCAGUUUUUUUAUAUAAUACCUUAUUGAAUUCUGAUCGUUUAAUUGGCUGUUUAUGGUCACGUGAUAUUGAAUAGAAAAUUCAAUUUCCCAAGAGUGCAAUGGAAUACGUUCCAUUGCACUCUAUGCGAGUGCAAUGGAAUAAAACGUAUAGUACAAUUGCACUCUUUGUGUUUUCGAUAAAUCGCAUCCCUCAAAAUGCUUCUCAUACGAAUGUAUUAGUCUAUUUUGGUGUUAUAUAAAACAAUUAAUGAAUGUUUUUUCGUGCAAUGGUAAGAAUAUUUUCAUUCGAUGAAGGAUGGAAUGUUCCAUCUUUCACCUCAUGAAAAUAUUCUUACCAUUGCACUCAUAAACAUUCAUUAUUUGUAUAUUGACUCACCCUGUAUAGUAUCAAGUCAGAAUCAUACAAACUUCCUAAUAAUCGUAGCUAAUAUUUAGUUUUGUGAAGAAAAUGGUUGUAAUAUAGGUACUAAGUAUUUAGUUCAGUAACUAGUUCACUCACUAGCUCGGUGUACGAACAACCGUAAAUCAGUUAAAAUUUAUAUAAUGAUCAAGGUCAGACUAGCGUUAAGCUUCGUUUGUUCUCACCCCGAGAAAGUGCCUAUGAAGUAUGUAUAGACAUGCAGUAUAGUCAUAUGGGCUGAGGUAUUAAUUGAGACGUAAGUCCUGUUCCACAUUCCAGUCACGUGUGUUGUAUUGUAGCAUGUUAUAUAUAUUGUUUAUCAGUGUCAUUGUAAAUAUUUGUGACAAAUUUAAUAGUAAUAAUGAUAAUCUAUUAGCAAUUCGAUUUCAAUUCGAUUUCAAUUCCCAGGGGCCUAAAAUCGUUUAUGCUUAAGAAUUGCAAAGUGGAUUUCGUAGGAAAUUCCGAGGUUGUUCAGUGGGAUUAUAGACUUCCUUAAAUUAGUUAGACGGCCACUCGGGCCCUCGUGGCUGUCUAACUAAUUCUCGGGAGUUUAUAUCCCACUGAACACACGUGAUCAUUGUCUAUCGUAUACUUGGUGUUCUGUUGUUACCCAUUUGAGUAAAAAGAGGCAGAUGUUGUUCUAUGUCAAUGUGCUUAGUGGAGACUGGAGACCAAAAAAGUGAGGAAUUAAUUAAAUCAGCCUUAUUUGCAUGGUUGCACGGGAAGAACAGUUGUAUAUUUAAUAUGUAGGGUACCUGGCAGACCUGUAAUGUUUCUUGCAAGAAGAUUAAAUUAUCGUAAACAGUUCUACCUGCGGCUCAGAUGUUAUACCAAUCAAGGUUACCUUUGUUUUCAGGUGUCCGACUUUUUCUCCAGAAGUGAUGACUUAUUUAACGAAAUGCAAUGGCAAAAGAAGCUUAGAGGUAUAGGAAAAUAUUCGAGUCACGGCCAUAAGUGUAUGAUUAAAUUUCGUUUGCGAGAUCAAGGAUCGUUUACACUUUGAAUUUUGGCUGCGAUUUAGGUGCGAUAUUCUUCUGAUGGACAUACGACUGGAUGAGUUACGAAUGUUCAGAUGAGGGUAUAUUAUUGAACUCUUAGUUCAGAAUAUCAUAACACAUCUACUCGUUUCCAUGCAUCAGAAGAAGAAAAUCGCACCAGAAAUCGCAGCAAAAAUUGCAAGUGUAAACAAGCCUUCAGAAAGCUGGGGUGUGAAGGUAAAACAACUGCCUGAAAAUAUAAACAGAAUUUCGACGUUUCCAGCGAAUGCCCUUCGUUGGGAAGUUUGUGAAGUCCUGUUUGAGAUGUUAACAAGUGGCCAUCUGAAAUUCUGGCUACCGACGAGGGGCCUUCGCUUUAAACGUUGAAGUUGUGCUUAUAUUUUUCAGGUAUAGUUGAAUAUCCUCCACACCAUAUAGCUUUCUGUUAUCGUCUCUACCCAUACUACACUGUCACUGACCGUGACAGUAAUCAGAAUUAUUAUUAGACAAAAGAAGAAAUGGUUUGCAGAUUUAAACUAGACAGGAAUUUAUGUAGUCUGCUGUUCUAACUCUUGAGCUUAUGUUAAUACAUGAUUGUUACUGAAGAAUAUAACGACUAUUUCAAAAAUUCCAGCUGGAAUGUCGGCUGACCAAUACGAUUUCCCGUUCGGUGUAUACUCUGUAUAAUUCUGUAAUAAACACUGUGGUUCAGUAAGAAACGUUGAUAUUUUUUAUCUGGAAGGGAGGAGGCUGGUGCUGGGAUUAGAGCGGGGGCGGUAAAAAUGGCCAAAAAGGUGAACCACGUAAGAAGUACCCACUUUCAAUAAUCUCAGUCAUAAUACAAUUUCACAUGUAGUGACAUACAUAUUUUGUUUAGAAAAUAAGAUGUUGUUUUGGGUCAGUAAUCAGAUGUUGCUAUGGGAACGAAUAUCUAUGAAUUUAGCUGUUUUGAUAAAUAUCUUGGUAGCCUUGUUUUAUCCUUUUUCUGGAACGGUGCGAGGUAGAGUAAAAAUCAUAGUAAAGUUAUAAAUAGUGUCUUUUGCAAGCAAAGUUGUUCAAGUAAGGACAGUACCAUUAAUAAUAGAUGAAGAGAAUGCGAGAACUAAAAAACUGAAUUUUGGUGCAAUUCUCUUGAUUUGGGCUUGCGGGCUUUUAUUGCAGAAAUAGACAAUCACAUUAUUUUACAUUCUACCGUGCAUUGUAGGAUUAUUUCACGAUUCAUUUUAUUUUUAUUUUUUUUGUUAAUUUUUUUUACAAAAUCCAGGGUUAAAGAAAUACUUUACUUUCUGAGACCGCGUGAGGUUUAUUGAAAAAUGUUCUGUAAAUAAUCAAGUAAAUCGACACUUGGACACUGUGACUGUGUAACACUAUAUAACAAUUAAGUUCUCAAACUGAAUGUCAUGCUAUAUUCUAAUAGAAAAAGAAUGAUUUCAGGGGGGGGGGGCACUACUGAAUUUCUCCUUUUAUCUAAAUUUUCACAAUUAUCUUUUUUUCUUUCUUGGAUAAAUAUUUUCUGGGAACUCAAAAAAAUUUCUGGGAUCGACCAAUAUGCAAUGGUCCGACACUUUUCCACCCCUGCAAAAAGGUGAAAAUGCUGUAUUAGAAAGGUUCCACAGAGAGAAGAUGAGCAUCCGGUGCAUUUAAUUCUGCCAAUCUCUUCAUUCUCAGUCGUUUUCCCAAGGAUAUUGUUUACAUUCUUCACUUAAAUAAAGUCGCAAACCAAACCAAACCAAAAUCAUAGGUAUCUUACAAAAAGCUGCGGUGUAACUCUUUGGCUUGCUUACUGAUUUUUUACAUAGCAUACAUACAUGGCCAUGCAUCAGUCACAUUUCGUUCCAAUUGUCAUGGUUUGGAAGAAACAUUUCGCCAUUUGAUGCCUUUUCACCUUUUAAAUUAUUUAAUAUUUGUUUUUAGUAAUUGAUUACCGCCUUUCGUUAUUGGUGUGGAUCGCUAUGUUCAUCUCAUUUGCACUUAUUGUUAUUUUUCCUCGUCCUUCUGGUGUCCGAACAUUUAUGUUUGCUGUCAUUGUUCGUUUAUUUUUCUCAAUUGGAUUGGAAUUCACUCUUCUGCUGCUAGGAAUCGUAAAUGUAAGUUUCAUGUUUAUAGUAUAUUGAACUAAAGGUACAAUAAAUCAGUCUUCAAUGUCAUUGUUUUCAUCACUACUAUGUCUUUAUUUUCAUCAUUUUGUCUUUAUUUUUCAGUUGCUCGCUAAAGGAGUAUUUCUUGUUGGUUUCAUUGGCAAUAAAGGAACGUUUCAAUACGGAGCAGCAAGAAUACUAACAGAUAAAGAUCUUCUUUUUCAUCUUUGUUAUUUUGGAUUUUGUGUUGUAGGACUUUGUAUUAAUGAACUGUUUUAUAGCGUAUUGGUAAGUGAAUAUAUGUAUAAAACAGUAAAAACACAUUCGUUGAAUAUUUCCACUUGCAUUUAUCUUAUACCACAACACGGCCAACUUUUAGUCAUGUAUGAAUUUUCUCAUAACUUUCAACAUAAUCAUGAUAAUUGUAACUGAAACUGCCUUUUUGUAGGCAUUUCCAAACUGUGCAUACUUAUAGGCAUGUUAAACACCUGAAUGCCCAAUAAGCCCCCGUUUUGGUUACUAUUGAGGAUUUACAGUAAUCUGAUUUAUUUCUGUCUUCUAGUUGUUAGACAUUGUACUUCGUGAAGAAACAUUAAUCAACGUUGUUCGCAGUGUUACAAGGAAUGGACGAUCUAUUAUACUUACAGCAUUGCUCGCACUUAUUCUUGUUUAUUUAUUCUCUAUCGUUGGCUUUCUCUUCCUGAAAGAUGAUUUCUUAGUUGACGCUGAACCACGGUUGCCACGAAUUGUUGACUCAGGUAACGUCACGCACGAAAACCUGUUUCGUACUGGUAGAUGCGAGAUCCAGUAGUAGAUUCUUGGGAUAUUUACCCUCCCUCUUUAAGGUCUCUUUUCUUCUUCACUCUUUGAUAAUAAGCUGCGUUGCUUUUGUACAUGAUGAAAAAGAUAAACAUUCUGACCAUAACCACAGCAAUCUUGUGCAUAUAUAAUAUAGAAGAAAGCUUUGGAUUCAUAGAGAUACAUGCAACUACCUGAAAAGUACAAGGAGAACUUCGAUGAUACACGGACACAAACCAUUCCAGAUCAUGGUAUAACCUACACUACAGGCCUCCGCGUUCCUUGAGUCUUUUUGGAUUCCCCUUGUAGUAUCUUUUUGCCUUUCUGUGUUUUAUGCUAGUCAUUAAGGUUCAACCUCAAUGCGAAGUUCAUUUCAUAGAUGUUCAACAGACCAACAUGGGCAAUAUGCUAUAAAUAGAAUAUUAUUUCAAAGCCUAUAUAAGGCUGAUUUAGAUUACAUCACUUUUGCCUAAAACUGUCGCAUGCAACCUGCUUACAACUUGUGUUGCGCUUACAUUGUCGUAUAGGUGAAUUGUAUGCUUGAUUUACACAGUACAACUCAAGUUGUAAGCAGGUUGCAUGCGACAGUUUUAGGCAAACGAUGUGUAAUCUAAAUCAGCCUAAGUAUAAGUGUAUCGUGUCGGUAUACAUAAUAUAAAUGGAUUAUAUACAUCGCCAGAAGUAUAAAUUCUCAUUCAUUAUCGCAUUUACAUCUUAAUUACAAGCUGUAAAAUAAAAUCUUUGAUAGGAUUUUAGCACAGGUUGAACUGCAUCGAUAUCAAUGUAAUUUUUUUUAUAUAUUUACCUAUGUUUAGGUGGACCAAGCGAUGACAAGGGUGUUUGUCCAGUUUCAACGUCUUGGGAAAAUCGUUAUUUCCCAGUCCAGGAUAAUGACAAUGAUGUCGCAGAGUCGGUGAAAGAACAUGCAUGUGAAACAUUAGCGCUUUGUAUUCUUACAACACUCAAUAAAGGACUACGUAAUGGUGGAGGUAUUGGUGAUGUGUUACGUCCACCCUCACUCAGGGUAUGCAUACAUGCAAUGCUUAUACAUUUAGGGUUUUGAGCAAAUAUAAUUCUCUAUUAUUUUUAUUCUAUAGUUUGUAAAUAUCCUCGGCUGUUAUAACAUUUGUUACUGAUUUAAACUGCUUCACGUAGCAAAAUAUCAAACAAUCCUUUCUAAUAAAUGAUUGAAUGUCAUUUUUUCUAUAUUGUCAUGUUUUCAUGCACUUGACUGGUGAACCUUUUUGAUUGAAAAGCAGUCUUGAAAUUCCUGGUUAAACUUCCUGAUUAACCUAGAAAUAACCUUAUUUGGGUUAAUUUAACAUUGUCGGUUAAUUUAACCUUUUUCCUGGCUAUAUUUUAGCCUAUUGUCCAGUGGAUUUUGUGUGCCUAAAUUAUUUUUAGGCACACAAAAUCCACUAUACAGUUAUUAUGUGCCUUAAAUGGAUAAAUAACUAGGGGACCUGGCUGUUUAUUCACCCUGGUUAAUUUAACGAGGACGUCUUGGUCAAAUUGAUUAAACAGUAGGUUAAAAUAAGCAGCCAAAUUAACCAGGAAUAUUAAGUUAAACCAAAUAGGGUUAUUUCUGGGUUAGCGAGGACAUUUUAACCGGAGUGUUUUGGAGUGAAUAUUGAAACGAUUCCACCUUUUCACUUAGACUGAAAGGAGGGAAAUUUUCAAUAUGGACAGGUGUACCUUGUUCCAGUCUUACGAUAUUUUUCGAAUCCUGAGUUCUUAUUUACCAUUAUUUUAUACUAUUCUAAAUACACUCUUAGGAGCCGAUGUUCGUUGGUCGUGUUGUUUAUGACAUGUUGUUUUUCUUCAUCGUUAUCAUCAUCGUUCUUAAUCUUAUAUUUGGCGUUAUUAUUGAUACGUUUGCUGACCUCAGAAGUGAAAAACAGAAUAAGGAAGAAAUAUUAAAAAACACCUGUUUUAUAUGUGGUGAGUAUUCAAUGGUUGUGAACACAGUCGAUCAAAAUAUUUUCUGGAAAUUUGGCCUAAGUCUGUCUUCCUGUUUGUGUUUAUGCAAACUGUGCACAAUGGAGACAUGUAAUUUUUGGUAUAAUGAAGCAUGAUAUAAUUAUAUCAUUUUGGUAUAUUGAAGCAUUAUAAUGAAACAUAUAAUGAAGCAAUUUCAUUUGUGUAUUAUGCUGAUAAAAAGAAAAGAGAGUAUUAUUUCGAUUUUGAAAAUCCAACGUUUGUUGAUAUGUCUCAGUGGGCUAUUGAUAUUUAAGUCCAGCCAAUCAGAAUCCAUUAAGUUCACUCGUGACCAAUCAGAAUCAACCACCCAGAUCUGGUUAGCGCUGCUGGGGGUCGACAAGCAAUGCCACGAAUUUUGACAGGCUGUAUUACAGUAUAAUAUUCCCGCCUGCGUUCCUUCGCCCGGCGGCUUCGCUCGUGUUCCACGAUCCGCCAUGUAAAGUGUAGUGAAAUGUAUCUCAAUACUAAUCGUAAUCGAAGCCAACUGAAGCCUCUGCGGAGGAGAGAGGCAUAAUAUAGUCUCUAUACAGGCUACGGUGAAAUUGCUUUGAAGUUUGCCGAGUCUCCAGACCAUAUCUCGAUUGACUGUACACGUGUUGUGAAUCUAUCAUGGCAAUGAUGAUGUUAUGCAGAUACCCCCAAACAGCAGUGCAAAAAGUAGUAACAAGUAACAAUAAUUUAAAACCCUGUAACAAGUGUGGAACGCACGGAAUAAAUAGCGCAACAGUUACUCAAUUUUUAAUAUUUCUUGUAGGUUUGGGCCGUGCAGAGUUUGUGAACAAAGUUGUUUCUUUCGAUGACCAUAUAAAAACAGAACAUAAUUUAUGGCAUUAUCUUUACUUCAUUGUUUUAUUGAGAUUAAAGAAACGAACAGAUUUCACUGGUCCGCAAAGUUACGUUCAUGAAUUGAUCAAGGUAAAUAUCUACACGAACGAACUCAAUUGGAUGUUUUUGAAAUUCGGUCUUGUCACUUCUAGUCUAAAAGUGAAUUGUAAUGUAUGUUUUUCUUACAGUUUAAUUAGAGUAAUCUGUUUCGAAUAUUUCUUCCAUAGCAACGAAACUUAGAGUGGUUUCCUCGAAUGAGAACCUUGUCUUUAGCAGUGGACGCUGACGGAGAAUCAGAACAAAAUGAUGUAAAAAUCUUACACGAAAAAUUGGAUAAUACAACGAAACAAGUGCAGGCACUUUCAACACAACUAAAGGAAUUACGUGAACAGGUACAAAAUACGUCUGUUGAAUUUCACUGAGGGCCGAGAGAACGCAGAGUGGCAGUGGGAUGGGCAGUAAUAUUCUGUUUAUUUAUUCUAUACUUAUUAUUGUGCAGAAUAUUGUUUAGAUAAAUAAAAAAACAGUAGUAAUAGAAAUAAAAAGCGCUAGUGAGCAAUGUCUACAGGGAGCAUAUUUGACAACUUAGCGCCAUCAUAAUUAAAAGUUAGAGAAAUUCUGGAAGGGAAUGAAGAAGUGGAAGAAAAGAGAAGGUACUUAAGGAAAGGAAAAAGAAGAGCAGGGGAUUAAUGCGCUCGAGAGGAAUGACUUGGGGAAUAAAGUAAAGAACAGAUUGAGGGACAAGUGAUCAUAUAAGGAUGGGAAGGAUGUCAUGAAGAGGGAGAAACGGCGGGAGGGGGGGGGGAUUAAAAAUUAAUUUAAUGGUGAAGAGGAUGUGAUCGAGGAGAAAAUGAUGGACAAAAAAUGGAGGUGAAAAGUACACGAAGGAGACGUAAGCAUAGAUGGAGAGGGAAGAUGGUAGAAUAGAACAGGGUGAAUGAGCAGGAUAUGGAAAAGUAGGAGAAAAACGAAAAAAUGGUGGGGAUAAUAAACAGAAAAUAGAGAAGGACACGAAUCACGAGAGAUCAAAGAGAAGUACAGGAACAAGAGAUUAAAAAGGGGGAAGACGAUUGUGUAGAAACAUGUUGGGAAGAAAGACAUGGGGAAAGAGAGGCAGGAGAAGGCGAUCGACCAGAUAUGAAAGAGAAAUAAUUAAAGAGAGGGAGAGGAGGAUAAACAGGAAGAUGGAAAAGGAGCAGGAGAAAGAGAACUGAUAAAUAUAAGAAGGAUACAGAAUGAAGGAGGUAAAAGAGAGAAUAAAUAGAGUAUGAAAAGAGAGGUCAAGAAGGGAGAUGAUGGUGUAGAAACAUGGUAAGGAGAAAAGCCAUGGGGGUUAUAAUUUCAUGCAAUUGAAAUAAAAAGAAACAACAUUGACUAAAGUCUGACGAUAAAGUUACGGUUCAGGGUUGAUGUCGUUUCUUUCAUUUGCGUAUUUGUGUAUUGGACAUGAAAUUAUAACCGACAUGGAUAUAUAGGCAGUAGAGAUUUGAGGAAGGACACGCAGGGGAGAGAAAAUUAAUGGAUAAAGUGAAAGAAAGAAAUAGAUGGUUGAAACUUAGAUAUAUGAACUAGAAUUUGAAUACAUCCUUUCGAAAUUACGUCACAAGUAUCUCCUUGGCCUGGAAGUCACAUUCUCGUCAAACGUGAGCGAAGAGAGCGAGGCUCCCAGGCAAGAAUCCGUGACGUAAUAAUCGAAAGGGUGUAUUUUAAUGGUAAACGAUUGACUGUUUUUAUAUUUGCUUUAGAUGUCAGAACAACGUAAAUACAAACAACGCCACACUCUUCUUGCUCCACAGACGUCACUGAAUUGUACUUUGAAUGGCAUGAUACCUCGCACGUAGCAGUUUCUACAUUAGCAUAAUUCACAAUAAUGGACUAAGUUUCACCGAUCACUAUACCUAAUUCAUAAUGAACUAGCUUUCAUAGUUUCACAAGGGUUUCACUGAGCACUAUACGUGCAACAUGUAUUGUAAAGCUAGCUGAGGGGAAUUGGUUGUUGGCAUUCCGCAUUUCCAAAUUUUACAAUACUUCCAAUAAUUUAUACUGCAUAUAGAAUUCCUAUAAACCACAGUCUAUCAAGAUAUGAUGGUCGGGAAACUAAAGGGAAAUCAUUGUAUUAUGUUUUUGUCUGAGUUCAUGUUAUUUUGUGCAUGGUCACGGUGAUUGACCUCAUUGUAUUUUCGUUUAAUGAAGUAUAGUGAAUAAUAUUUAAUGAAGUUGAGACAAAGGAUUUGUGCACGGUGACGUACAGUUCAACUUCAGACAAAAUGUCUUCUAUUUUGUAGCUUUGAAGUUUGCCGAGAUUCCAGACCAUCAUAUCUUGACAGACUAUGUAUAAACUUGGCGCAUAGCUGCUUCAUAGAAACAAUACAAGAAGAUUCUUAUAAGCUAAAAUUCAAUCUAAGCACGGGUUUAAUAAUUGCGGUGAGCCACAGAUCAUCUUAUGUAAUUGUAAUUCUGUGCAAAAUAUACAGCUAAUUCAAAAAAGGUUGUCUUUCGAGACUCUAAACCUCAGUACAAUAUCUUGGCUGUAUGCUUGCGGAAUUUUGACAUAUAACUCCUGUAAUUAAAUGACAAACACCGUGUUCCCAUUGAGAGUUUUUAAAGAUCACCAAGGAAAACCUUUUUUGAAUUAGCUGUAAAUAGGAUGUAAUUAAGUACAAUAAAUUCUAUCUUUUUAAACCAGUGUGAACUGAUACAUAAGGCGGAUACAAAUGAAUAGGUAUGCAGCGCAUGGUUAUAUCCGCAUGUUUCGCGCACAAAUAGGGUUAGAGAAGG